AUUCAUUUGCAAAGAUUCCGUGUAUCGCACUGCCUAAGGACUGGGAGGGGGGGAGGCUGCUGGCUACUGAAGUGUUAGGGGUUUUCAGCAGCUCAGUCGGAGCAAGACAGAGAGAGAGGAAGAGAGAGAAAAUGCAGGCGGCGUUAUUUGGUUCGUCACAAUCUCUUAGCCUGAAACCAUCCUCUUCCCCUGCUACACGCUCUCGACCCUUUCUCCAUCGUGAGUUCCUCAGAAUCGAUCCCUAUCCCAAUCUCAAUGUUAAAACUAAAUCAUCCACCUUCUCAGUGCGCGCCUCUUCUGGAGAAGAAUCUGUUGUGACUCUUCUCGAUUACGGCGCUGGCAAUGUUCGAAGUCUUCGGAACGCGAUUCGAGUUCUGGGCUUCAACAUCAAAGACGUUCAAACCCCAGAAGACAUUCUAAAUGCUAAUCGCCUUAUUUUCCCCGGUGUUGGGGCAUUUGCAACGGCAAUGGAUUUUCUGAACAAGAAAGGAAUGGCCAAAGCAUUACGUGCUUAUAUUGAGGAUGAUCACCCGUUUCUAGGCAUAUGUCUUGGACUACAGUUGCUUUUUGAGGGUAGUGAGGAGAAUGGACCAGUAAAAGGUCUUGGCCUGAUACCUGGUGUAGUUGGUCGUUUUGACUCAUCUAAUGGCUUUAGAGUACCUCAUAUUGGCUGGAACGCUUUGCAUGUUACAAAAGAAUCUGAAAUUUUGGAUGAUAUCGGGAAUAGUCAUGUUUACUUUGUUCACUCUUACCGUGCUGUGCCGUCAAAUGAUAACAAAGAGUGGGUUUCAUCUACCUGCAAUUAUGGUGAAGAUUUCAUAGCAUCUGUUAGAAGGGGAAAUGUGCAUGCAGUUCAGUUUCACCCUGAAAAGAGUGGAGAUGUUGGGCUCUCUAUAUUGAGGAGGUUCUUGAAUCCGAAAUCAAACGCUGCAAAGAAGCCAACAAAUGGGAAAGCUUUGAAACAUGCAAAGAGGGUAAUUGCUUGUCUUGAUGUCAGGACAAAUGAUAAAGGAGAUCUUGUUGUGACCAAAGGAGAUCAAUAUGAUGUAAGAGAGCAUGCAAAAGAGAAUGAGGUGAGAAACCUUGGGAAGCCAGUGGAGCUUGCUGGACAGUAUUACAAAGAUGGAGCUGAUGAGGUUAGUUUUCUGAACAUCACUGGUUUCCGCGACUUCCCUUUGGGUGAUUUUCCAAUGUUGCAGGUUUUGAGGUGUGCGUCUGAGAAUGUAUUUGUACCAUUAACAGUUGGAGGAGGAAUUCGUGACUUUACGGAUGCAAAUGGAAGGUACUACUCUAGUCUAGAAGUUGCUUCAGAAUAUUUCAGAUCUGGGGCAGAUAAGAUUUCCAUUGGGAGUGAUGCAGUUUUUGCCGCAGAAGCAUAUUUAAAAAGUGGAGUAAAGACAGGAAAGAGCAGCUUAGAACAGAUAUCUAGAGUCUAUGGAAAUCAGGCAGUUGUUGUGAGCAUUGAUCCUCGAAGAGUGUACCUCAAUGGUCCUCAUGAUGUAGAGUUCAAAACUGUAAGAGUAACAAAUCCAGGUCCAAAUGGGGAAGAAUAUGCUUGGUAUCAGUGCACAGUAAAUGGUGGGCGAGAGGGUAGACCAAUUGGAGCUUAUGAGCUUGCAAAAGCAGUUGAAGAGCUGGGAGCUGGGGAAAUACUACUGAACUGCAUAGACUGUGAUGGUCAAGGUAAAGGAUUUGAUAUAGAUCUAGUUAAACUGAUCUCUGAUGCUGUGAGCAUCCCUGUGAUUGCAAGCAGUGGAGCUGGUUUAGUUGAACACUUCUCAGAGGUUUUCAUGAAAACAAAUGCAUCUGCCGCCCUUGCAGCUGGAAUUUUCCAUCGGAAGGAGGUGCCUAUUCAAUCUGUGAAAGAGCAUUUGUUAAAGGAAGGCAUAGAAGUCAGAACAUAAUCCUGGGUUGGUGUUGCAGUGCACUCGUAACUCUUGAAAGUUUUGUGGUCAGUUGGGUUAGAGUCGGUAUUUAUUUAAAACACAAUCAGUUGGUUUGAAAGGGAGAAGUUGAAUUCUGGUCCAUCAGAAGUCAUGCCCACACUGGUGAUAUGAUAUCGGGUAUGAGAUACGUGUUGGUGUUAAAUUUUGAUCUUGGAUUAGAUUUAUUUUCUUUAUGCACGUUUCUUUAUUUAUGUCUGCAUUUUCAUUUUGUAGUUCAAAACAACCCAACUUUUGUAAUGUUAAAAUCCACGGUUGAGCUUUGAACAGGAAAAUUGCCCUUGAUCAUGGAGCAUGAGUUUGGCAUGAA